AUGAAAGACUCAAAGACAACACCACCGUCUAAGCCGCCGGCGAUUGAGACGAUAGAGAGUGUCGAGAUCGAUCCACGGGCAGAGCGGGCUCUGGUCUGGAAGUUUGAUCUUCGCCUGUUACCCGUACUCGCGGUGAUGUAUCUCUUCAACAGUCUUGACAAGUCGAACCUGGGAAAUGCAAAGACAGCUGGCCUGGAUAAAACCCUGCACCUCGAAGGAAACCAAUAUAACAUGAUCCUCAGUAUCUUUUUCGUCCCUUAUGUCCUCACAGCUCCCUUUUUGGGCUUGCUCGGCAAAAAGUUCGGACCCAACAUUGUGCUGCCUUGUAUGAUGCUCACUUUUGGGGUUUGCACCAUCCUGGUGGUCACGGCGUACAACUUUAGCGGACUGUUUGCGAUCCGCUGGUUUUUGGGCAUGUCGGAAAGCGCGUUCUUCCCUCUCGUGAUUUACUAUCAGACAACCUUCUAUCGUCGCGGUGAGUUGGCUCGCCGACUGGCCAUCUUCUACGCCGCUCAAAGCAUUGCCUCAGCCUUUUCCGGCCUACUGGCCUUCGGUGUGUUUCGGAUUCACACGGGUCCCUUGGCUUCGUGGCGCUACCUGUUCCUCAUCGAAGGCUGCGGAACUGUGCUCUUUGCAUUCUUCGCACUCUGGUACUUGCCCCGGUCAGCUGCCGAGGCGACGUUCCUGACUCCCCAAGAGAAGGAAUUGGCGUAUCUGCGUCUUCAAAUCGACAGCUCUUCGGUGGUCAACGAAAAGCUCAAUAUCCGUGACGCUUUCCGCAUUUUCAAGCACUGGACCAGCUGGGCAAUUCUCGCCAUCCAAGUCUGUCUCGGAGUACCCUUGCAGGGAGUUCAAUUGUUCCUCCCAGUGAUCAUCAACCGUCUCGGUUACGAUACCGUCAAGACGAACCUUUACACCGUGGCGCCCAAUAUCUCCGGCGCGGCGGUGCUUCUGAUUCUCGCAUUCUGCAGUGACUGGACCCGAUGGCGCUUUCCAUUCAUCGCGUUGGGCUUUUUGUUCACUUUCAUUGGUUUCAUCAUCUACGCCGCCAUUGACGUUGAACGGGAUCUGAAUGUCGCCUAUUUUGCAACGUUCAUGAUGACAUGGGGUACAUCGGCACCAUCAGUCCUCCUCGACUCAUGGUACAACAACAACAUCGCAAACGAGGGCAGACGAGUGGUCCUCACAAGUAUCGCAGUACCUGUCGCCAAUCUCAUGGGAGUCGUUGCCUCCAACAUCUUCCGUAACCAAGAUGCUCCCAAGUACUUCCCUGCUUUGAUCACGACCGCUGCCUUCGGCGGGACAGGCAUCCUUCUUACCUUGGCCCUGGGUCUGUGGAUGAUGUUUGACAAUAAGAAGAGAGAUCAGAGGCAAGGAGUCUGUGUCAAGGCGAAGGAUAUUCCCUCGGAAAAUUUGAACGAGGGUCCGGCGAGUGAUGAUUUCCGUUGGUUCUAUUAG